GUGCAUCUUUUGCGCGUCUCAUGUUUCGUGAUUUUUCCUCUUUAUGAUACCCGUCUCUUUUCCGUCAUCUUUUCUUUCCCAUUCUAGCUGUUGCUAGAGCAUGCCAUAUAUCAUGGAAGAGCAGUCGUAUAAUAUGGACGUCGAUGAUCUCUUCGGAGACUCGGAGCAGGUCGCCCCUUUGACAAUCGCCGCCCCUCCUUUGAAAGGCUUGACCCGCCGUCUAGAUGAACUCAGCGCAAGCGGGUGUUGUCUGAAGUUAACCUGGUCAAAGAGUGGUUGCGUGGCCUACAUCACUCCGGAUGGUCUUUCAGUAAAGUUGCGAGUCUUCUCGCGUGACCCUGCCACAGGGAAAUGGGAUCUCGGGAAGGAGGCAACGCUUGAUGUCCCACGUCAAGAUGACUUUCAGUUCGUUCAUCUCUCCUGGAGCCACCUGGGAAAUGAUAUUGCGGUCGUUGACGCUGCAGGUCAUGUUGCAAUACUCACCUGCACAACUGCUAUGGACCGCAUGUCCCUCAUGCGCGCUGACGUAUCUCCCUCCGAUACGGAGAUGGAUGCUGUCGUUGGUAUGCAUUGGCUUGCUCUACUUCCUUACGAGCAGAAGAACAACAUCGUAUGGUCAGCAAAAGCAAAGGGCGGAAAUUGGCAUUUCCAGAUGGCUAACCACAGGUUCAAAGACGCCCAUCACCCGAUUGAGUCCAAGGCUGCAUUGGUUUAUCUCAGAAGAAAUGGUGAAUUACGGCUACGGUUUCAGCAGCCAGAUAACAGCUGGCACGAAUCCGGCGCUUCACUCGGGCCUCUAGUCUCCAUCCGGGAAUCCUUCACUCAUGCUGCUUUCGCGUCGAACAAUGACGACACAUUGCUUCUGGCUGCGCAUGAUAUUUCCGGUCGGCUGCACCUUUAUCGAGUUGAGACGAAAUGGAAUUAUCAGCCGCCACAGCCUGGACAGCCACCAAAACCUUUGGACAGACCUGAGGUCACUGUGACAUUGAUCAGUAUUGAGGACCAAUGUUAUCCCGUCAGCGCGGCUUCUGUUACUGGUGACCUCACGAGCAGUCCUGAUUCCAAAAUUAGAAUACCCGCUCAGCUCACACACCUCAACUUUCUCCCCAUCACACCAGAGCAGAAUGACGGCACAUUGCCGACUAUCCAGGCUAUCUUCUGCACCCCUCCUAAUCCCGUGUCGUUCGAUCAAUCAGAACAACCGCAGAACCCCUUCAGCAUUAUCGUCAAGUGGGAAAUUCAUCAUGUACAGCAGAACCAACUUCAUUCGAGCCUAGACAACGUAACUUCCAAGAAAAAGAGUGUUAGCUCAGUCCCUGCACGCGAGGCAUUCAAGUGUGAGCGACUACCUGACACGAUGCUCCAUGCUGUUGUUCUUUCCUUUAUGCCUUUGUGGUAUAACAUGAUCCUAUCGUUCUGUUUCAGUGAUGGGAUGAUCGAGUUCAGAAAGCGAGCUACGAUGCAAUCCAUCUCGCCCGACUACAAUACCGACAUGGUUACAACUCUACCUCAGGCAGGAUUCGUAUUCUCAUCCCUGGACCCGUCUCUUCAUUACACAUUAUCGCCUAACCACUGCAUAGCUGCCUGUAUGCAGCAAGACGGCUCUAUCAAGCUCCGUUCAGCCGAAUACACCUAUGGAUCCCUCGCCCUAGACGACGAUGAUCCAAAGCACUCGGCCGCACUUGCGGCGAUAGUGCUGCAGUUCUCCUCCACAGCCAACCAAUACUUCUCAAGCGACGACAUAUUCGCCAUACUGGGCGAGCUAUCAGAGAAGCGAAAGCGCGACUUCGUUUGUCUCAUGUUCCAAGGCCUCAACGUCAACAUCGACUGCGGCAUCGAUGAUUCCUCGAACAACCAUCUCAUCCUCCUGGGACGAUCUCCCUUCUUCGUCAAGACCCUGAGCGCUGCGCAUCUCCUCGGCCUCCAGGGCACCGUCCACCGCAGCUUACCCAGCAAGAUCGCCUGGACGAUCCUCAACAUCAAAUACAUGACCCAAAUCCUGACGACCAUCGCCCGCAUGCACGGCCAAAUCGACAAGAACCCUCUCCGCCCAGAGGUCGUCCCCCAAUUCAUCGGCAUCGGCCGCUGGAUCAUGCACUUCAUGGUAUACUUCAUCGACGAGAUCAUGGCGCUGGGCUACAAGCUCCGCAGCAUCCCGCCCAACGAAUUCACCGCGAAGGCCCUCGAAUCCGCCGUGACGGAGCUCCACAAACCCGCCAUCCUCAUCCUCCUUUCCUCCUUCCCGCGCCUCAUGAUGAAGCUCUGGAGCCAACCCCUAAACUGGGUCAUGAAGACCGCCUACACGUACACCAACUCGUCGUCGAACCUCGAGAUCCGCAAGAUCUACAGCCCGCUCCACCAGGCCAUCACCGAGGGCCCCCUCCCGGACUGGCGCCUCCUCGACAGCCUGCUCAGCGAGGCCACACAGCUCGUCCGCGCGUGCUACAAGCGCGCAAACCUCUCCGAGCAGGCGCGCAACGAGGCAGAGCGCGAGCUCAUACUGGGCCGCGUCCCGGACGUUCUCGUCCCCGCCGCGAGACGCCUCCUCACGGACUUCCUCUUCGACGAGAAGCAGCAGCCCCACGGCGCACUGCUCGACCGCUUCGACGUCGCGAAGGUCAUGUUCUUCGAUACCACCUGGCUCGGCUUCCAGGAGUCGAAGCAUGCGAAGGCGUACUUCGACACGCAUAUCGUCGACGUCUGCCAGAAGGUCGUCCUGAGGGGUACGGGCGCACAGCAGCAUCCCGCCGGGAAUCAGAACGGCUCAGCAGCGACGGCGGGCAGGGGCAGAAGCGAUAGCGUGGGCGGUGGAAAAGGAGGCGAGGGCGGAGACGAGAAGGAGAAAAGGAGGAAGAGUCUGCUGAGGAGGUGCGUGCGGUGCGGGAGCUAUAUGGAUGACGUUACGCAGGGUAUGCCGGGUUACUCGAUGCAUCAUGUUAGCUGGCUGAUUGGCGUCGCGAAGCAUUGUGUCUGUGGAAACGCUUGGAUGUUGGUGGAGGAGAAUAUGAAGGGGAAGUGAAAGUAGUAGUAGCAUCGUUCAGUACAGUGCAUACAGAGAGUAAAGAUGAAUGCAAAAAUUCGACUACUGGUUUUCUCUCCAACCAUCACGGCAGAAGCAUGCGCAUAAAUCCAAUAGUGGGAUAUCUUAGUGAAUUCGAUUUGUUUUUUUUUAAAUCUAUAUCCAUCCCAUCUCAUCUCAUCUUAAUGCGUGCAGAGUAUGUGCUUUUAAUUUGGUGGAACACUUCCGAGACGGCGUAACAAGUUAAGACAGCUAUUUCUAGAUUCUGUCGUGCUUCGGUAUCGUAGCUCAUGAUGUAUCGAGCGUGGGUUCGUCUUGUGGUCAAGACAAUUAACCCUUGGCGGCACCGGCCUUGAUGAGUAGGAUAUCACCGUCCUCGACGACGUAGUC